UGGGGCUCUGCGUUUCCCCCCGCGGCCCGCGCCCGUUCCGCGCACCCCGUGGUCCCUGCCUCUCCUCGCGGCCGGCUGGCGGGGCGCUCGCAUGGCCCGCGCCCGGCGGCCCGCCCUCGGCCAGUGCGGCUCGGACGACGAGGGCGAGGGCGAGGACGCCGAGGAUGAGAUCCACCGCCUGGAGGACGAGUGCGAGCGCACCGAGGAGCGCGUGCGGAGUAUGGAGGAGGUCAUCCGCGCCCUGAAGGCCACGCAGGCGGGGCUGCUGGAGGAGGACGGGGAGGAGGCCGGCGCGGCCCUGGCCUCCGGGGCCUCCUCGCCGCACUUCGGCGCGGAGCCGCCUGCCGAGGAGCCGGGCGCCGGCGCCUCCCCGCUGGGCGCCGCGGCUGCCGCGGACCUGGCGGCCCGCCUCGCCGAGCUGCGCCACGGCGGGGAGGCGGCGUCGCCCGCGCCUCACGGCCUGCGCCUGCCGCCGCCAGGAAGCUGGGAGCGCCGCGCGGCCGGGAGCGCCACGCCCUCGGUGUGCUCCAGCAGCCGCAUCUCCGCGCGCUCGAGACGGACGGUGCACGAGGAUGGCCGCCAGCACGCCGGUCGGCGCGAGCGGGAGGCGCACGGCAGCGAGUCCGGGGCGGCGCUGGCCGAGCUGCGCGCCGAGCUGCUGCGGCGCGAGCCGAGCCUCGCGUGCGCGUGGAGGCGCCGGCUCGACCCGGGCGCCUCGAUGCGGCUCACGCAGGCGCAGCUCCUCGAGGCCCUGCGGCCCAUGGGCAUCACCGGCAGCCUGCGGGCCCUGUGGCAGGAGCUCGACGCCGCCGGCAGCGGCGUCGUGACGCUCUGCGACCUGGAUUGGGCCACCGCCGAGGCGCUCGGGAAGUUUUGCGGCCGGCUCUCGCGCCGUUGCGGGGGCGUCCAGGAGGCCGCCGCGCGGCUGGGCGUCCACGGCGGCAGGCGCCUGCGGCACGCCGACUUCUGCAGGCGCGUGUGCUCGCGACGGCUGGCCGAGGGCUUCCAGGAGGCCGACGCCCUCUUCCGCAUGCUGUGCAGCAGCGGCAGGGACGCGCGGCCGUGCGUCACCGCCGCGGACUUCGGCUGGCUGGCGGCGCUGGCCGACACGCUGCCCAGGGCCGCCGAGCGGCGCGUGCCGCCCGGGGCGCUCGCGCAGGCGGAGGAGAGCGACGGCAGCUGCCUGGCCUCGGAGGCCAGCUGCGCGGGCUCCGGCAGCGACAGCGAGCUGAGCGUGGACUGCUCCGAGGCGGCGAGCUCCAUCGGGACGGCGCCCACGAGGAGGCGCCGGUGCGGCGGCGCCGAGACCGUCUUCGAGAAGCUCUACCGCGAGGCCGCGGCGCAGGCCGCGGCCGCGGCCGCGCGCGCGCGGGUGCCCGAGGCCCCGCGGAUGCCCGAGGCCCAGGCGGAGGCGCUGGUCGAGCGGCUGUACGGCGAGGCCUCCAGGCUGC